CCGGCCCGCGCCGGCGUGUCUCUGAGGCCCAUCGCCCACCGCCCCGCUGCCCCCCGCACCCCCGCCGCCCGAAGGCGCGGAGCGGGACGGAGGCGCUGCCAAGUCAGCUCGCGCUCCGGAAUUCGACAGUGCCGGCAGAGAAUUCAUGGCUCAGCCACGGUACGAUGACGGCAUCCACCCGUACAUGGAGAAUGCCCCGCCGUCCAUGUACGACCCGCACGUGGCUCACCGGGGCCCGCUGCAGGGGCUGGCGCACCAUUCGCCCCACAUGAACCACAGCAUGCACCAGUACCACACCCCCAACCAUGUCACGCCCGUCUCCAACCACGUCAUGGGCUCCGUGCCGGACGUCCACAAGCGGGACAAGGAUGCCAUCUACGGGCACCCCUUGUUCCCGUUGCUGGCGCUCAUCUUCGAGAAGUGCGAGCUCGCCACCUGCACCCCGAGAGAGCCCGGCGUCGCGGGCGGCGACGUGUGUUCGUCGGAGUCCUUCAACGAGGACAUCGCCGUCUUCUCCAAACAGAUUCGGCAAGAAAAGCCUUACUACAUAGCAGACCCCGAAGUCGACUCACUUAUGGUGCAAGCGAUUCAAGUACUUCGGUUUCACCUCCUCGAGUUGGAAAAGGGCAAGAUGCCCAUCGACCUGGUGAUCGACGAGAGGGAGUCGAGCAAGCCCCCCGAGAUGACGGGCUCCACCAACGGCAACGACGGCGCGCGCAGCACAGCCGACUCCACGUCGCACACCGACGGCGCCAGCACCCCCGACGUGAGGCCGCCGUCGUCGUCGCUGUCGUACCCAGGGCCUGGCAACGACGACGUGCGCUCGCCGGGCUCCGGAGGUACUCCGGGCCCGCUCUCGCAGCAGCCCGGCUCGCAGCAGAGCGUGGACAACAGCGACCCAGGAAUGCCUUUGAGGGUUGCCGACCCGUGA